CGCCCGCAACGCAAGCGACUAAAUUAAUCCAAACAAAAACCACCAACACGCAGCAGCAGCAGCGACGCCAGCAGCAGGAGGAGCCAGCCAAGAAAGGAACGCCGCACUAACCAGCAGCCGCCACCAGCCCCCUCCUGCCCGGCCAGCAGCGCAUCCCUCUCCUACAAGAACCCCCCACCCGAACCGCGAUGGCUACCCCUUACUAGCUCCCCCCAACCAGCCCUCCUCUUUCUUCGUCUUCUUCUACUCUCCCGGUCUCCUCCCUUCCCUUCCAAGGAGGCAGACCCCCAAGGGAAGAAAUGGGCGGAUGCGCGGUUCUUGCCGUUUUGGCGCUGGUUCUUGCGGCGGCGGCCGGGAGCGCCGACGCGGGCAAGGGGGUGGCCAAGGGGAAGUACCGAGCACUGUUCAACUUCGGGGACUCGCUGGCCGACGCCGGCAACCUCAUCGCGAACGGCGUCCCGGAGAUCCUCGCCACCGCGCGGCUGCCUUACGGCCAGACCUACUUCGGCAAGCCCACCGGCCGGUGCUCCGACGGCCGCCUCGUCAUCGACCACCUUGCGCAAGAAUUCGGGCUGCCGCUGCUGCCGCCGUCCAAGCUCAAUCGCUCGGACUUGACGCACGGGGCCAACUUUGCCAUCACCGGCGCCACGGCGCUCGACACGCCCUACUUCGAGGCUAGGGGGCUCGGUGCUGUCGUCUGGAACUCCGGCGCCCUCAUGACCCAAAUCCAGUGGUUCCGCGAUCUCAAGCCCUUCUUCUGCAACUCCACCAAGGAGGAAUGCAAGGAGUUCUAUGCAAACUCACUGUUUGUUGUUGGGGAGUUUGGUGGCAACGACUACAAUGCACCUCUGUUUGCUGGGAAGGGCCUUACGGAGGCCUACAAGUUCAUGCCGGAUGUCAUCCAGGGUAUCUCUGAUGGUGUGGAGGCAUUGAUCGCUGAGGGCGCUGUGGAUCUUAUUGUGCCAGGAGUGAUGCCCACCGGGUGCUUUCCCGUGUACUUGAACAUGCUUGAUAUGCCAGCACAUGAGUAUGGCUCCCGAAGCGGGUGCAUCCGUCAGUACAACACGUUCUCAUGGGUGCACAAUGCACACCUGAAGAGUGCACUAGAGAAGCUCCGACCCAAGUACCCCAAUGUGCGGAUCAUAUACGGCGACUACUACACACCAGUUGUCCAGUUCAUGCUUCAUCCUGAGAAGUUUGGAUUUUACAAGCAGCUACCUAGGGCAUGCUGUGGGGCUCCUGGGUCUGUUGCCAAAGCCGCUUACAACUUCAAUGUCACAGCCAAAUGUGGCGAGCCUGGUGCUACUGCUUGUGCUGAUCCAACGACCCAUUGGAGCUGGGACGGUAUUCACUUGACGGAGGCUGCUUAUGGUCAUAUCGCCAAGGGUUGGUUAUAUGGCCCUUUCGCGGAUCAACCUAUUGUCCAGUCUUCGUGAGCAUGCCACUUCUGCCGUUGCACUUCUAGAGCAUCUGAAAAUAGUGCACUGAACUGGAGCAGGGAAAGUAGUUCUUCCAUAUAGUUCCAAUGUUGCAUACAUGUAUAUUUUCCAUUUGAUUGAAUUCAUUGCAAGUGGGGUACAAAGGUGGAAUAGGGGAUAUCAAAAGCUUGAUUUGUUAAUUUUGUCAGGCGUUAUAAAUGUAAAAUGUAAUGAACACAUGAUUACCAACAUUGCCUCUGGGAAAUAUGAUACCAAUUGUAUUUUUGAGUAGCUUCUGAUUCCGUGAUGUGUAUUCUUACACGGAAACUAGCAUUAAGCCCACACUUUGGUGUCUUGUCUCAUCUCUCAUGUAAAUCGUUCUGAAUGAUCCAAAACAAAUGGGUCUGUGUAAAGGUUAUUGAUAUGGUAUAAUGGUAUUGGAGAACUUUAAAGGUUUA